AUGGCGACAGCGAUCCAGGUGCUCAAGGGCGACGCGCCGCAGCAGGCUCGCUCCCUGUACCGCCAGCUCCUGCGACAGGGCGAGCAGUUUGCGGCCUACAACUUCCGGGACUACGCGAAAAGGCGAACGAGGGAUGCGUUCAGGGAGCACCAGCACGUCCAGGAUUCGCGGGAGGUGCAGGAGCUGAUCCAGAAGGGCCUCAAGGAGCUGCAGGUGAUGAAGCGUCAAACGCUGGUCAGCCAGUUCUUCCAGAUGGACCGAUUAGUUGUCGAGGGCGGCGUUGCUGGCAAGGAGAAGGGCGACCACAGCGAGAUUGUGAGGCAAAAGGAGCAGGGUUACGAUUAA